ACACACGUCAAUUGCCGGCGCAAAUAGUCCCAGACGUCGUGGACCAUCGUGACGCUUCAUCGAAAAUGGCAGAACGCAUCGUGCCUUUUCCCGAUUCCCUCGUCAAAUACAAUAAUCCCGAACUAGUGACCAAACAGGAUGAGAAAGCACCACUGGCAGGGGCCGACAAAAAAUCGCCAAGGCCGAAAACCGCCCCUCUCACAGCGGACGCUAAGCGGGAAACUGAAGAAGUACUUAACAGCAUUUUACCACCCCGCGAAUGGGAGGAAGAGGGUCAAUUGUGGCGACAGAGGGUGUCAACGACGCCUGCCACACGCCUGGACGUAGUCAAUCUGCAGGAGUCCCUCGACAUGAAACUCUUACAGCGUCAAGCUCGUGAAACCGGAAUCUGCCCGAUCAGAAGAGAGCUUUACGCUCAGUGUUUUGAUGAAUUGAUAAGACAAGUAACUGUCAAUUGUACCGAAAGAGGUCUUCUCCUGUUGAGGAUACGCGAUGAGAUGAAGAUGACGGUCGAAGCUUACCAGUCGCUUUACACCAGCAGUGUGGCCUUCGGUAUGAGGAAAGCUCUGCAAUCGGAACAGGGAAAAUACGACUUGCAAGAAGAUAUUGAAAAACUGAAAGAAGAAAAAUUGGAGCUGGAGCAUCAAUUGGCUGAAUUGAAACAGAAAUCGGAACAGAAUGAAAGACGAGCAGCUGAAAUAAGGGAAGCAGAAGAGAGAAAGCACAACGAAGAAGUGACGUUCUUGAAGAAGACGAACCAACAGUUGAAGAUACAACUGGAAGGAAUUAUUGCACCUAAGAAAUAAGAUUUUUAAUUAUGUUUAUUAUUUUUACUGAUUUUAAUCCUAGGAAAUUUUGUAAUAUUUAUGAUGUUUACAGUUGUUUAUUAUAUCAGUGCACUAACAGAAGCUUUUAUUAUAUUAUAUUAUAGGUUUGCACUCAUCGAUUUUAUUCUUCAUUGAUCUC